AUGUCUAUCUAUCUAUCUAUCUAUCAUUCUGUUCAUAACUAUCUAUCUAUCAUUCUGCUCAUUUAUCUAUCUAUCUAUCAUUCUGUUAUUGUUAACUAUCUAUCUAUCUAUCAUUCUGCUCAUGUCUAUUUAUCUAUCAUUCUGUUCAUAACUAUCUAUCUAUCAUUCUGCUCAUGUCUAUCUAUCUAUCAUUCUGUUCAUAACUAUCUAUCUAUCAUUCUGCUCAUGUCUAUCUAUCUAUCUAUCUAUCAUUCUGUUCAUAACUAUCUAUCAUUCUGCUCAUAUCUAUCUAUCUAUCUAUCUAUCUAUCAUUCUGUUCAUAACUAUCUAUCUAUCUAUCAUUCUGCUCAUGUCUAUCUAUCUAUCAUUCUGUUCAUAACUAUCUAUCUAUCAUUCUGCUCAUGUCUAUCUAUCUAUCUAUCUAUCUAUCAUUCUGUCCAUAACUAUCUAUCUAUCAUUCUGCUCAUGUCUAUCUAUCUAUCAUUCUGCUCAUGUCUAUUUAUCUAUCAUUCUGUUCAUAACUAUCUAUCUAUCAUUCUGCUCAUGUCUAUCUAUCUAUCAUUCUGUUCAUAA